AUGAAAACGAACAAACACGAGGCGAUGGCUUGCCCGCCGAUUACCAACGGCGAUGCGGAUGAAGACGAGUGGCGGAAAAUGAGCUUCACGUCCAAGGCGGCGCACAUGGCCCGGAAUGUGACGGUAGAACCGAUGUUGGGGGUCUUCCAGCUUUCCAUGAUCAUGUCCAGCCUGACCACCCAAAACCUGAACAUGCAAAAGGCUUGCCGGGUGAACCUUAGUCUGGGGCAGACGGUGUGUUAUGCCCUGGAGAACAAGAACGCCACGUCUUACCGGAAUGAAGAGUUGGCAGUGCAGCAGCUGGUGACCAAGAUGAUGCUCUGGCAGAGCCCCUUCCAGAACAUUGUGCCAUGCGUUCUGGUGAUGUUCGUCGGUUCGUGGAGCGACCGGAACCAGAAGCGGAAACCGUUUAUGCUGUUGCCAAUAAUCGGCGAACUGGUGCGCAACGCCGGCCUGGUAAUUUGCGUGUACUUCUUCUACGAGCUGCCGAUGGAGAUAGCAGGUGUCGUCGAGUCGGUCCCGUCGGCCGUUACAGGUGGUUUACCUAUACUGAUACUCGCCGUGUUCGCGUACGUGGGGGACAUAAGCACGGUUAAAAGUAGAACAGUUCGAGUGGGCUUCGUGAGUUUAAUUUUUUCGAUCAGUAUCACCGUUGGAUCAGCGUUAUCCGGCAUCCUGUUUCGAGAUUACGGUUUUUACGGAGUGUACUUUAUAUCCACUGCAUUGUAUUUGUUCAGCUUCAUGUACUGUAUAAUUGUCAUCAAAGAUAUUAAGCCCGCUAUCGUAGAAAAAUACCACGAGCCCAAUAUUGUCGUUGGAAAAUGCGAAAAAUCAGCUUUACACGCGAUAACCGAUUUCUUUGACUUAAGACACGUAAAAGAAGCGAUUCGAGUUACAUUUAAGCGAGGAAAUGACGAUAAAAGAAGAACAGACAUCAUAUUGUUGUUUGUUAUCAUGGUUAUUAUCUUGGGCCCUAUGAGUGGUGAACAAACAUUGAUGUAUUUGUUGGUACGAGUUAAAUUCGGCUGGAAUGAAGUAGAUUUCAGUGUUUUCUCCACGUAUUACUUUAUUUGUAAUCUCGUAGGCAUUGCAUUUACAUUGUGGAUUCUGGUUAAACGUUUUAGUAUUGACGACAGACUGCUUGGGGCAAUUGGAUGCCUGAGUAAAGGAUUGGCUUCAUUCGUUUACGCCUAUGCCCCGACCGAAUUCUUAUUCUACCUAGGUCCGAUUGUGGACAUUUUUCACGGUACGGCCCUUGUUGCAUUUAGGUCGAUACUCUCGAAACUUGUUCCUGCAAACCAACUAGGUCAAGCGUUGGCGGUAUCUUCUCUCGUCGAAACCAUAGUUCCUGCAAUAUUCAGACCUCUGUACAAUGUGAUUUAUUAUAAGACACUACACUUUCUACCUGGUGCAUUUUACAUACUCGGAGGUAUCCUUAAUCUUUCUGGCAUCUUUGUUUUUCUAUGGAUGUACAAGAAACACAUACAAAACGAAAAAUGGGAAGAUUUUGAAGAGAAACAAGCCUUAUCAGGGGAACCUAACAGUCAUCAUCCUUAA